AUGACAUUCCUUAUUGCAAUUAUCGAAAUGCCCGGUGAAAUGCUUACCAAUCUUGAUUACUCCAUCGUGAGAUUUGAAGAAGAGCAGCAACCAUUAAAGUAUGGCAUGGAAUUUUGUCCCCGUGUCCCUCUAUCACAGUGGCUUGCAAUCACCCUUAUCUCAUUCGGGUUUCUGACCAUUUUCGUAAUUCUCUGUCUUCUGUAUGUUUGA